UUUAUAGCUUCGUGACAGCAGCAGCGGCAGCGACGCCGCCGGCCCGUCUCGCCGCGCUUCCCAGCGAGGCCGCCGGCGCGCCGAGGGCUGUGCUUGACCGCGGCUCCCGUGUGUAGUCGCUCCGCGCGACCCUUCGGGUAAACUACGAACUGGGAGUUUUGAAGAAUGGGUAAAGACUUUCGUUAUUAUUUCCAGCAUCCCUGGUCUCGCAUGAUUGUGGCUUACUUGGUGAUCUUCUUUAACUUCUUAAUAUUUGCGGAGGACCCGGUUUCUCAUAGCCAAACAGAAGCCAAUGUUAUUGUUGUUGGAAACUGUUUUUCAUUUGUUACAAAUAAAUACCCUAGAGGAGUUGGCUGGAGGAUUUUGAAGGUGCUUCUAUGGCUACUUGCCAUUCUCACAGGACUGAUAGCUGGCAAAUUUCUGUUCCAUCAGCGUUUGUUUGGUCAGUUGCUCCGAUUAAAAAUGUUUCGAGAGGAUCAUGGGUCAUGGAUGACAAUGUUCUUCAGCACAAUUCUCUUUCUCUUCAUAUUUUCUCACAUAUACAACACGAUUCUUCUGAUGGAUGGAAACAUGGGAGCAUAUAUCAUUACAGACUAUAUGGGCAUCCGAAAUGAAAGUUUCAUGAAAUUAGCUGCAGUAGGGACCUGGAUGGGGGACUUUGUCACAGCUUGGAUGGUCACUGAUAUGAUGCUUCAGGACAAACCCUAUCCUGACUGGGGAAAAUCCGCAAGAGCUUUCUGGAAGAAAGGAAAUGUUAGGAUCACUUUGUUCUGGACAGUUCUUUUUACUCUGACGUCUGUGGUUGUACUUGUGAUUACAACGGACUGGAUCAGCUGGGACAAGCUGAAUCGGGGAUUUUUGCCCAGUGAUGAAGUUUCCAGAGCAUUCCUUGCUUCUUUUAUCUUGGUCUUUGACCUCCUUAUUGUGAUGCAGAGUGGGCCUACCGAGAGAAGGUGCAUUAAACCAGUCAUCAGGAAUCACAUCAGGGAUUUCAACUAACUGGCGACUGGGAAGAGGAAGGAGAUUUCCAAGCUACAGGCUGAGUUGGACUUGGGGGCUGGUGUGGAGGAGCAGAGAAUGGCCCAGAAGAGAGGGAGUAGGGCUCCUUUGGUGUGAUAAAAUGGUAGAAAGGGGGUUCCAUCCAUGCCAGUGGGACUCACUGUCAGAAUGACUGUUGUCCAGACAAAGUCAUCAGAGCUGAGUUGUCUGGAGGGAAUAUUGAGGAUAUUGUGUUGGCUCUGAAUUUCUGAUUAUUUCACCAGCUCCCAUUUCGUCAGGGCAUAUUCCCCUCAGUUCCUUUAUCAUGUGGAAUAGCAGCACCUUGAUUUCAGUCGGACACAGAUUCAAUUUCUAGAAUUGUCACUGUAUAGAUGGGGGAGACCUUAGGUAGGUUACUUUACCUCUCUGAGAUGCGUGCAUAUUUUCUCAUUUUAUAAAACAGAUGAAACACAUAUUCAUAGUAUUACUGUGAUGAUUAAAUAAGAAAAUAUGUCAAAUGUGGAGCACAAAAUAGAUCCCAAAUGAUUUGGAUCUGUUAUUAAUAUAAUCAGCAUCAUAACUGUUAUUCAAACAGGGCAGAGCUAAAGAUAUACCAAACCAACUAAUACAAAAAUUCGUGGAGAUUAAGUUGAAAAGAAAGCCAACUGCUAUUCAUUUACAUAGUCAAUAUAUCAUUGUUAUGUAUUUAUUUAUUUCCUGGUUCUUAUUGUUAUUUUGUGUGUACAGAUGUAAUUAAUUCUACAUUUUAAAAUUGAAAAUAUAUAUCUGAAUAGUGAACCCUGGAACUGUUAGAUUAUCUUUCAGGGUUCUGUAAAUAGGAUUAUAAUUAGGGACAGUGCAAUCUCUUAUCCUUCACAAAGGCUGCUUAUUUUACUUUGAUAGAAACAGAAUCUUCUGGACCUGCAAGAAAUCUUACAGAUCAUCUACUAAAAUUUCCUCUUUUAACAAAUGAAGAAAUUGUGAUCUGUUAAACUAUGUCUUUUAAAGUAUUGAAUUAUUUUCCCCUGAAGUUUUAUUAGUUUGAAACAAAUAAAAUCAUUUUAUUUGUUUAAUUUGGUUACCUUUAAGUAAGUUCAUUUAAAUCAUUUCAAUCUAAGUCUUAACUGGGAAACAAAACUUCUAUUAUUGUAUCCCCUGCUUUCCUUUUAUUAAGCUCUUGAAAUGAUUAUUUUGAACAGAAUGCGUGGUACUAUACUUAAUUUAUAAAUGCUGUGUUGCUUUCCACGUGCAGUGUUCUAAAAAGUAGAUUGAAUUAAUUUACCUAUAUAACUUUCUGUUAGGCAGGGACCUAGACCCAACAUGGCGGUACCACCUGACAUGGCGGGCCCCUUGUCGGGACUUACCCACUAGGACUUCCUGCUAGGACUUUUCAGCGCCAGAAAAGCACCCUGAGCCCGCCAAAACUACCCGCUCUGUGCAAACUCCUGGACAAGUCAUUCCUCAGAAAUCGAAAUCUAACUCAGGAAACCGAAACCUACAGACCCUGCCUACCUCGCCCUAUAAAAGGCCCCUGAUACCUGCUCCAGGUGCGACUUCCUGGGCCCUCCUCCUAGGGGGACUGGUGAACCUCGCCGGCGAGCUCAAUAAAGGCUACUUCUGUUCUCAUCUGCCUCAUGUCUUCUUGCUCGGCUCCCCAUUACAUUACACUUUCUGUUCCUGCACAAUGAUGCUUUUUCUGUGUGAGUUGUUCAUAAAUCAGGUAAAUGUGGUUCUUUCAUCCUGCUUCAAAAUAUACAAUGUGGUUGCUCAUAAUCUCCUCCUCAAAAAUACACAGGAAACAUGCAGCACACACAAUACUCAACGAAGAGUCUUUCUCUCUCUCACUCUUGUUCUUGCUCUCAUUCUCACCCUCUUUUUCCUUUUCCCAAUAAGAAAAGUACUCAAUGGGUCCAUUUGUCUUUUAGACUCUUGCACAUAAUGUGCGAUCCCGUGGUAUAGGCAGCAGGACAUGCUUUGUUCCUUGUUCCCCAGACUGUGUCACUUCAGCAUAUGUUGCCAAGUUGUACCUCGUUGUGUCAAAUGUGGCCUGACCAAUUCCCUUCAGAACACAAUUUGAGUCAGCAGAGUGAUUUCAGAGUUGAGUGCUUCCUCUGAAUGUGGAUUUUAACUGAUGAAUUUUCCAACACAGGGGAAAAAAUGCCAUAGGCCAAAAUAUCAGUAAAAUCUUCAGCUAACUGAAGUGGCAUAAUGGUUGUCUCUUUGCAAGUGGUUGUAUGAAGUAAGCAUAUUAUUGAAAAUAAUGCUUUUCUGAGGGAUGCCCGAUGAGAAAAGAUAAUUUUUCUAGGCCAUGAAUUAGUUUUAACCACUUUUUUUCCUGAUAAGGACAUUUACUUUUUAUUUGUUUAGACAACUAAAUAGAAUUAAUUUGUAAAUCUUCUCCCCCAUAAUUUCUAUUAUCUCUGCAUUUACACACACACACACACACACGUGGAGCAAAUUAGUUAAAAGCAUUCUUUUUCCCAUUGUCUAAUCUUCCACUGAAAUCAAUCCUACCUAUACUGUAACCUUUUAUUCCAUGGCGAAUAGUUUUCUAGAUUAAAAGUUUGGAGUUUUUCCCACAGGUAACAGAUUCUGAAAGGACUUCAAAUGCCAUGCAUUUUUAACCUCUACUUAGGGUACAUAGAUGUAGAAAUAAAUAUGAGUGCCAGAAAAUUCACAGACUGUGCUAGAAUCAUACAAAUCUCAGGUAUGUUCCCAAGAAUACUCUAGGGUUGAAAGGUACUUAAGCUUUCAGUAUUCAAAGAGGACAAAGGCAUAGAUUGUAGAGUUUGAUGGAGUGUGCAUCUUCAAACUUUCGGAGAUGUAUGUUUAAUUCUUUUCUGUGAAAAUUAACAGCUAAUAGACCCAUUUAACUCAUUCUCCAGGGCUUCUGUUAUACAAUGAUUUUCUAUUGUUUAAGCAAACAAUACAUCAGUUUCUUUAUAAUAGCCACAUGUUGAAAGAAAGGCACCCAUUCAGUAAAAUAGGAAUGAGGUAGUUAUUUUAACAGCUAUGAAAACUUGAAUCAAGUUGUCUGGGUACUUUAGCUGAAUUGAUAAUGGAGGAAAUUAGGCAGUGCAAGCUGCUCUUUUCUGAGUGCCUGUACUGUCCCUCCAUUAUUAAUCACAACAUGGCCAUUGACAUUCCUGUCAGAUCCACUUCAGAGUGCUGAUUGCUGGUCUGUGUCACUCCAUGUGAGAAUACAUUCUGGAACCUGCAUUUUAUGUUCCCAGAGAAGUGCUGAGCAUUCUUUUGGAAGUAGCAUCCUUCUUUCCCUGAGGGCUUAAUCUGUCAACUUUUCCCAAUUUAGGAAAGUGCAGCUGCCUUAUGGAAUAGAAAGUCAUUCACUCAUCCACUCACUCAUUCCUUUGACAAUUUUUUACACAUUUGCUAUGUUCCAAACACUGUACCAGGUACUUGAAACAUAAAAGAUGACUAAGACCUAGUCCUUGCCUUCAAGUUACUCACAAUCUAGCAGAAGAGAAAGACAAAAAAUCAGCCAAUUUGCCAUAUGCAAAGUAUACCUGAUGUAGCCAGGAAAGGCAAAGAUGGCUCAUUUGCAAAUUUCAGUUCGAGGAAGUGAAAUACAGAAUGGGUCGUCAGAGAAGUGGCCAGUUAAUGGACUGUGUUUUCAGUGAAUUCUGUUCUUAUCCAAAGCAUAUGCCCAUAUCAUUGAUAUUUUAUUAAAUAUCUUCCAAUUAUUUUCUCUUUCCGAAGUAAUUAAUUGCUGGGAACAGCCUGUCUUCAUUAGGAAAAACUUGUCUCACAUACUCUUUAAUUUUUAAUUUUUGUGAGUACAUACUAGGUAUAUAUCUUUAUCACAAUCUAGCAAAGGAGAAAAACAAAAAUCAGCCAACUUGCCAUAUGCAAAGUAUAUAUAUUAUGGGGCACAUGAGACAUUUUGAUGCAGGCAUGCAAUGCAUAAUAAUCAUAUCGUGGAAAUUGGAUUAUCUGUCCCCCCAAGCAUUUAUCCUUUGUUUUAAACACAAUCCAAUUAUAUUUUUUAGUUAUUUCAAAAUGCACAAUUAAAUUAUUAUUGACUAUAAUUACCCUGUUUUGCUGUCAAACUAGGUCUUAUUCAUUCUUUCUAACUAUUUUUUGUUGUAUCCAUUAUCCUUCCCAUUCUCUGGUAACCAUUCCUCUAGUCUCUAUCUCUGUGAGUUCAACUGUUUUGAUUUUUAGACCCCACAAAUAAUUGAGAACAUGCAAUGUUUGUCUUACUGUGCCUGGCUUAUUUCACUUAACAUAAUGACCCCCAGUUCCAUCCGUGUUGUUGUAGAUGUCAGGAUCUCAUUGUUUUAUGGCUGAAUAGUACUCUGAAUAUUGUGUAUAUGUGCUGCAUUUUCUUUAUCCAUUUA